AACUAAUGUACAAUGUUCAUAGAAAACAAUUUGGGCUUGUGAAAGCAAAAAAAGUUACAACUGGUAGCUGUACAUUAGAGCUGUAAUGGUACCUAGCUAGAUGAGCUGUCUAAAAAUGUAACGCUAGUUUUAUAGCUAAAUAAUCUAGCUAACAGUACACUUGUUGCUAAACUAACAAAGAACCAAAGCAAUAUAAGCUGGUUUAACUUGUCAAGUCUUUCCAACUGAGUUAACCUACCACCUUUUUAGAACCAACUAACACCACCCGCUAGUUGGAUGAGCUGUGCUUUCUAAGCAACCACAAUGAGGAGACAGGAAAACCAGGCAGCCAGGCCAACAGCAGGCUGUCUGUCUGUGCCGCUCUUUAACCAGAAGAAAAGAAACAGAGUUCCUUUGACAUCUGCUCCCUCUGAGAUUGAAUUCUUUUCCCACAGUGAAUAUAUGGCAAGCACCAGCUCAGCUACAUCUCAUAACACAUCAGGUACCUAUGGAUGUUACCAGGCCUCAGGUCCGUCCUCUGGUGCUCCACAAAGCCACCAGUGGAAGAGACAGGGCAUCUACUCACAAUCUACUCCACCCCAGCAGUACUGCAGCAACAGACCUGCUCCUGGACCUGCCCCUGCAGUGAGAACCUAUGCACCGAUACCACAUCCAUACAAAGUUGGAGGCACAAGCUCUAAGAUGGGACAGCCAAGCAACCCAGUGAGACAACAGGAUUCCAGCUCCAGUGUUAACUCCAGACAGAGUAAAUAUCAAGCCCCCCGCAUCAGUGAGAGUGCACAAAGCAAACCAACACCCCACACUGGGUUCCCUCAGAUGGGCCAGCAGUCAUCUUACAGACCGCCUAAUCCCACACAUCAGUAUUCCCAGCAGUCUAGACCUCUGCCUGCGCCUGUCUCACCACCCAGCAGGCCCUCUGCUCGUGCAGCGCAGCCACAAAACAACUCCUGGAAGUUUACCAACAGCUUUGGGCCGCAGAGAUCCACUGUUGAGGGAAACAGGGGCACAAAUCAACCUCAGACUGCGCAGCAAACUCAGCAGGAAACAUUUCCAAUGAAGCCAGCCAUUGAGAACUCACUGAGGAUCCUGACUGCAGUUAUUGAUGGCAUGAGAUACUGGAGCCACUUUAAAGACAAAGUUCCAUACUUAUUUGAGAUAUUUGCUACUCUAGACUCUGCAGUCACGCUGGGUAGUCACGGAGCCAAGAACUUCCUCAUGAGAGAUGGGAAGGAGGUUGUGCAGUGUGUCUUCUAUGAAAAUGAGAAGGAACUGCCCCGACUCAUCCGUGGUCAAGUUCAUCGCUGUGUGGGAAACUAUGACCGCAGUAGAGACGUCCUGAUGUGUGUGUCCGUCAGACCUGGCCUGCCCUCAGAGCUGAGGAACGCUCAGGACGCUGUCAAAGCCUGUGAUGCAGAAAUGAGGGCGCUGGUCAAAUCACUCAGUGAAGUCUGAGCAUGAGUAGGUGUCUUCAGCAGUACAAGACUGAUAGGAAGAAAGUAUACCAGUAUUUGAUGAGGGUACAUGAGAGCCAAGCUUAGUGCUAUAUAGUAAUCGAUAACUCUUGUUAUGGGUAGAAGUCACUGUAGUUUGAAAAAGCGUGUUUAAGGUAUUGUUAAAGUUUUUGACCUGUAAAGGGCGCUGUUGCCCUUAAUUUGUUGCAUGCAAACAAACUGCACUAGUAUUCAACAGUUGAAUUCACUUGCAUGGUGUAGAUGUUUUUGUAUUUAUUUGUGAAACAAAUACAUAAAAAGCUGUUUCAUUUAACCAAAACUUUAA